AUGGGCCGAGGUUUCAUGCUCAAUCGGCAACAAGCACGCACCUUUAGCUCAGAUCAGAUUGUCGUAAUUUUUGCCGGUGUCAGUUGUUUGGCUGAGCCCGAACCCAAUGCCGAACCUCGCCGAGGAUAUGUAGGCGGGUAUAGGGGAAGUUUGAACGGACACGACAGGGGGUUUGCCGGAUAUCACGGCGGAAAUUACGCCGCAUAUCUCGGCGGAUUUGGUGGAGGAUUCGGUGGAUACGGUGGAACCCACGGUGGAGGAUUUGGUGGCCAUCAAGCCGGAUUUGGAGGCGGAUUUUUUAGUGGUGGACAUGGGUAUCAAAAACGAUCUGCUGAUGCUGAGCCCAAGGGCGUGGUUGUUGCCAAUUAUCCUCAAGAUGCAUACAGCAUUGAAUACGUUUCGUCCAACGAUGCUCACACCAUUGGCAAACGAGAGGCGGAACCCGGGUUCAGAUAUGGUAGAUAUGGUGGUGGAUAUGGCCAUGGUGGUUACCAUGGAGGUCGUCGUGGAGGCUACCACAGAGGCUACCAUGGCGGUCAUCACAGGGGCUAUGGUGGAUACGCUUAUGGUGGUCGUUAUGGACACUCUUUUUAA